GCAUGCAUGCAUAAGCACAAUGUAAAGAGAAACAAACAGAAAAGCUUAAUGAAACGAAACUAUCAAACUAGUAAUUUGAAGUCAAAAAAUAGAAUAUAUUCUGGUGAAAAGCCAUAUUCUUGUAACGAAUGUAGUAAGAGCUUCAGAAAAUCUGGUGAUUUGACGAGACACAAUAGAAUACAUACUGGUGAAAAGCCAUAUUCUUGUAACGAAUGUGGUAAGAGCUUCAGAAAAUCUAAUGAUUUGACGAGACACCAUAGAAUACAUACUGGUGAAAAGCUAUAUUCUUGUAAAAAAUGUGGUAAGAACUUCAGUCAAUCUGGUAGUUUGAACAUGCAUAACAGAAUACAUACUGGUGAAAAGCCAUAUUCUUGUAACGAAUGUGGUAAGAGCUUCAGAAAUUCUUUUAUUUUGAAGGUGCAUAAUAGAAUACAUACUGGUGAAAAGCCAUAUUCUUGUAAAGAUUGUGAUAAGAGCUUCAGUCAAUUUAAUGCAUUGAAGGAACACAAUAGAAUACAUAGUGGUGAGAAGCCAUAUUCUUGUAAAACAUGUGGUAAGAACUUCAGUAAAUCUGGUAAUUUGAAGAUGCAUAAUAGAAUACAUUCUGGUGAAAAGCCUUACUCUUGUAAUGAAUGUGAUAAGUGCUUCCAUCGACCUUGUGAUUUGAAGGUGCAUAAUAGAAUACAUACUGGUGAAAAACCAUAUUCUUGUAACGAAUGUGGUAAGAGCUUCAGAAAAUCUGGUAAUUUGAAGAUGCAUAAUAGAAUGCAUACUGGUGAAAAGCCAUAUUCUUGUAACGAAUGUGGUAAGAGCUACAGAAAAUCUGGUAAUUUGAAGAUGCACAAUAGAAUACAUACUGGUAAAAAGCUAUAUGCUUGUAAAUAUUGUGAUAAGAGCUUCAGUCGAUCUAAUGCAUUGGAGAAACACAAUAGAAUUCAUACUGGUGAGCCAUAUUAAUAUUAUAUGUGGUAUAAUUUUCUUUCAAAACAGCCAUUUAAGUCUUACCAUAGAAUAUAUACUGGUGAAAGGCCAUAUUCUUGAAAACAAUGGGAUAAGAGCUUCUGUCAAUCUGGUAAUUUGAAAAUGUACAAUAGAAUACAUACUGGUGAAAAGCCAUAUUCUUGUAUAGAAUGUGAUAAGAGCUUUAGUCUAUCUCGUGAUUUAAAGAUACAAUAGAAUACAUACUAGUGAGAAACCAUAUUCUUGUAAAAAAUGUGGUAAGAGUUUCAGUCAAUCUGGUAAUUUGAAGAUGCAUAAUAGAAAACAUACUGGUGAGAAGCUAUAUUCUUGUAAAAAAUGUUGUAAGAACUUCACUCAAUCUGGUAAUUUGAAGAUGCGCAAUAUAAUACA